AUGCGAUUUUUGCCCCGCACCCUAUUCAUAGGUGACGUCAUGCAGAUGGUUGAUACUGAGGAUGGUGACAUUCUUGUACUGACGGACCUUGUUCGAGAAGAGUUGGGUUUGAGUCGAUUACGGCUUUUACCAUCACUGCCAUCAGUUGUCGACAUAGAGGCUUUGGAAGAAUUAAAAGAUCGCAUAACACUAAGGCAAGCUAGUUCUAUAAAUAGUUCUGUGCGAUUUAGAUCCAGGUUGUCACUAAUUCCCGAGCAAGUUCCUUCUACCGUAGAAGAUUGUAAAGAGCCAAGUGAAGUGCCGUGCUUUGUCUAUGGAAGAAAAUACCGACAGCCCAUCAACAAGAUCCUGUCAUCACCACACGAAUAG